UCAAUGGCUGUUGCGGGAAGUGUGUCUGCGUCUGCCGUGGCGGAGUCUGGCACCUGCACACAAACACAGACACACAGACAGACACACAGACGCACUGCGCGCCAUCGAUCAUUCGUCCGUCUUUGCUCCAUCCGCUUUCUGACUUACCGUUGUUUGAGUUGGAUUGUUUGAAUCUGACGGCCGACGUGGAGUAUUUCCUCUCUGUGACAGUGGCCAGAUUCGCACUCUCCUCUGCAUUGAUCCAUCCAUCCAUCCAUGUGGGUCUCUCCUUGAACACUCACCGAAUCUUGGCGCAGACGACAGCUCGGCCUCUGACACACACACAAGUCCAUCCAUCCAUAUUUGUGCUGCCUGUGUGGCGUGUCUGUCACCGAGGUGGGAUGGCUUGCGCGAGAGGUCCGAUAACAUGUACAGCGGACCUGAAGUGAUAACAGACAGACAGACACAUGGAUGGAUGGAUGGAUGGCAAAGUGUACCCACCGAGAUCAUCCAGCGAAUCUAAGGAGACACAGAGACAACAGGAGACACAAGAAGCACAGACAGAGAGGGAUGCACCGUUGUCUGUCUGUCUGAAUUAUUCCUUACCCUCAUCCUCAUCUGCAGCCAUCCGUCGCCGUGACACACACAGAGACAUGCACGGAAAGAUGAUGAUUGUGUGUGCAUUACACGUGUCACGUACCAUCGUCAGCCGGGAGUAUCUCGAGAGUGAGCUGAUUGCCCUUCGUCACACCUGGCAAACUGAUGACGGACAGCAGCAAACACACACCGAGAGAGAGAGAGAGAGAGAGAGGGAGGCAGAAUGCAUUCAUCCAGUAUAUCAUCAUGUGAAUGACUUACGCGUCGGUCUUGCUCAUUCUGACAGGCUGUUGGUGCUGCUGUGCGGUGUCGGCCGUGCCGUCCACACCGAUGCACAGCAGCAGCAGCAGCAGCAGUGUCACGACAAACGACGCUGACCACGACGCCAUGAUUGACAAUCAGCCAAUUGGAAUCUCGUCAAUCACUGAUCGACUCUCUCUGUAUUCGAGUGUUGCGGAGGAUACGUACGCGUACGCGUACUUAUGUACAU